GUCCUCCUCUUCUCCAUUUCGAAUUUUCGAAUUCCCCAAUUCCCCUCUCGAUUGCCCCACCGCGAGGGGCAAGCCGAGCUCUCACGAUGGAGGCGGAGCCGCCGCAGCGGUGGGCGGCGACGUACACGAAGCACGUGAAGCAGAAGCGCAAGGCCUACCACGACGGCGCCCUCCUCCUCUACCCCGCCUCGGGCCGCCUCGUCCUCCUCGACGACGCCGGCGACACCAUCGAGUCCAGGUUCCUCCGCUCCAGCGAGGAGGUCUCCCCGGGGACCGCGCUCUCCUUCCAGGCCCACCUCGUCGACGUUGGCGAGCCCGAGGACGGCCCCGCCAGGUACACCUCCUCUUCCGCCUCCGCCGCUGCUGGUUCCAGGACCGCGCGCCGCGGCGGUGGGGCUGCCAGGGCGCGUCCGCCGAGCUCCGGGAGGGUGUUCCCGCCGCGUGUGUCCCGCACGUUCGUGAACCCGUCGAAGGGCCUCGGCUGCGGGUGCGGUGGUGGGGCCGACGUUGAAGCCGCGGGCUCUGGCGGCGCGGAGGUGGCGGACUCGAGGUUCCAAGAGUGGACCGCACUGUACACUACCCAACUGACUCAGAAGGCAAAGAAGUACCACGAUGGCUUCGUGAGGCUUGUGCAGGCCGGCCCACAUGUGAAGCAGAUUGUUUUGCUCGAUGAGGAUGGCCAAGUGCUAGGCAGCAAGCACCUCAAGUCCGGGGAAUCAAUUGAAAGCGGGAAGAAAUGCCAUUUUCCUAAUUAUCUGAUUGAGAUUUGUGAGGCCAAAAAUCAGAAUAAAGGUGGUGAACAUACUUCAGAAGAAUCUAUGGUGCACACGAGACAAAAGAAUGGGGGAAGUACAUGUAACAAGAUGGGACUGGGUGCAUCAAGUAAAUCUCAAAAAUUUGUCACUCCACAAAAAUUUCAUGAAGUCACUGCUAGCUCUGGUAAGCCAGAGACUGGCAAGGUUGAAGAGGAGACUGCUGGCUGCCCAGGGAGCCUUACAGAAGCAGACUCGGGUUUCAAAGAAUGGAAUGCCUUAUACACCACUCAACUUACUCAAAAAGCAAAGAAGUACCAUGAUGGCAUCAUACGGCUCGUGCAAAUUGGUUCACAUGCAAGGAAGAUUGUUUUGCUGGAUGAAUAUGGUGAAGUGCUUGGCAACAGAUAUCUCAAAUCAGUUGAAUCUGUAGAGAGUGGGACGAAAUGUCAGCUGCCCAACUAUUUUUUUGAAGUUUGUGAGCUCAGAAAUCAGACAAAUGAGCCUAAACACUCUUCGAAGGAUGCUUUGAAUCAGACAGGACCGGGGAAUACAGAGAAUACAAGUGACAAAGCGAGUGAAAAAAGUAAAUCUCCAAACUUUGUUAGUCCAUUUAAGUUCCAAGAUGCACAGAAGAAUAACUGGGAACGCACUGCAAGCUCUAAUAGGCUACAGAUUCAGAAAAGAACCUGCAGUAGCUUGGAUGCGCCACAAAAUUUCCAUGUGCUUUCGGAUCUUCAAAGGAGAAAAUCAGACUGCAAUUUCAAUAGAGGGGCUGACUAUAGCCAAUUGACGUUUGGUAUUGUGGAUAAUCCACAUAAGUUUAAUGAUAUCCAAAGGGGCUCAGCUACCAACUCUUUGCCUGAGUUUGGGAAAUCAACUUCUAGCAGAGUUGGUGACCCACUACAAUUUCAUGAUCUUCAGGAUGGUAAAUCAGUAUGCUCCAAUAGUUUUAUCAGCAGAGAGGUUGGCAAAUCAACUUUUGGCAACAUGGAUGAUUCUUUGAGAACUGCAUCCCAAAUACUGUCCAUCAUGAAGCCCCCAUCAGGAGUCAGAAUUUCCCAAAGCUCUCAAUCUGGGCAAGCACAUUCUUUCGCAUCUUCUGAGGCAAGGAUAGCUUUUGAUGCAAGUUGUAAAAAGAACUUAGUGGCCCAUGAUUCAAACAGAAAUUUUGAUGGUAGUGGGACAUCUAGAAUGUCUCAUUUUUCUACCCAGCUUCGUACAUCAGUACAAUCUUGCUUGAACUUAGAAACUCUACCACGAAAGAACGCAGUAAGGGCUCAUCAUUGGAAUGAGUCAUCAGGGAACAGUCAUCCAACUUAUGGUCAGCAGACUAUCAUGAGACCAGCAGCUUUUGAGGGUCAGGAUUUGGCCAUGCUUGAUACCGCAGCAUCUGAUAUGUCCGAUGCCCAGGAGCAGAAACUAAACUCAAGCAGUCAGCACACUGGAAGUUCUAGUGGUACGGAAAGCUGCUCUAAUAUUAGUACCGACCCAAUCUUACAAGAAGGCAAAAGUGGAUCAGCAAACCAGCUAAGCACACAGUACAGUAUAGUGGAUGGGAAAUGUGAUGGGCUCACGUCUACAUCUUCAUACACCCUGACAUGUAAAGAUCCCAAGAUUCAGGAACUAAUAGACGACUGCCCUUCGUUCGACCUUGGCUUCUGAGCAGAAGGCAUCUCCUUUUUUUUUAAUAUAUACUGGAUGCCUGGAUGGUGAUAGGAACUGAAGGGGGUGGAGAAAUGGCAGCUCACUCCAAUUAGACAUAGUGUUUACAUGAUAUAUAUACACAUGCAAGAGAUAUAUGGGCCAUAAGGGCUGUAUGUAUAUACAGUUAACACGUGGUACAGUUACAUACCGUGACCUGGGCUGUUUGCUAUGUGCAUCAUAUGGUUUCCAAACAGCUACUAUAGUUUUUUUUUUAUCUCGAACACAUAGGAGAGUUGUGUAUCAUUGUAUUAAGAAGAAAGGUAUGGUUUAAGUCAUUCUAUUUUUCUACAA